AUGGGAUCAGUCGUUCUCAACCACCCGCGGUCGGAUCAAGUCGAUAGCUCCUACACGAUGCUUGGGGGCACCAUCAAUCCUUCGGAAUCUGUCCAUCGACCUUCAUCUCGCCAGACGUCGCAUCCUUCGCAGCACCUGGAGCCUGUCAGCUCCAGAUCGACGUCGUCCAACACCACCCCCACCUCGUCCACAGCCCCGCCAUCCACGUCCACCGUAGGUUCUACUCGUCCUCCUGCCCACCCGCCGCAUGAUAUUCCUGCCUAUAUCAACCGUCAAUCCCAAACCACAUCCCAGCCUUCCACCCGGGCAUCUUCGGCCACUCCGGCAUCUACGUACGCGCAUACCCCCGCCGCUUCAAUGACCUCUUCUGCCUCUGCCCAUGCCCCUCUCUCGAACCAUUCCUUUCACCCCGCCACUCAUCCUUCCCAGGAGUCCCGGGAUGUCAGCCAAACAACAACAGAGCCGAUGGCCUACAAUCCGCAGGCGAGGAGCCAGUCCUCGCCUGCGUCGCCCCGCCUGCACCCUACCUUCCGCUCCAUGCACUCUCUAGGAGGAUCCGAGGCCUCUUCGCCCAGUCGGAUCAAAGUCCGUGAUCUGUCCCAUAUCCAAAGCAUUGCCAGCGAGGAGCUGCUCGCUCAGUCACAAAGAGCCCAGGCUCCAGGCCAAUUGCCUCAGGAGCGCCAAUUCGAGAUCAGUUCCAUGCCGGUCACGGACAUUAUCGAGAUGGUUGCUGGGCUCCUGACUAAAAUCACCGCCACCAAUGAUGUACACCAUGAACAGGUUCAUCGACACAUUCCCCCACCCGAUGGCUCGGUCAGUCUUAGUCCGCAAGCCACGAGCGUCCUUGCAUUCCAUGGCAAAAAUGUGCCUAGUAUUACCAUUUUGAGCUACUUGACCCGUAUACACAAGUACUGCCCCACCACUUACGAAGUCUUUCUCAGCCUGUUGGUUUAUUUCGAUCGUAUGACCGAAAUGGUCAACAAAGGUCAACUGGACAGCCUGCGACCCCGCUGGGAUCAACCUUCCACUGUCCAGGUUAAUAUUCCUCCUGGGUCUGGGUCGUUUGAAUCAUCAACAGCCCGGCAGGCACAGGCCUCACCCUUAGUAACCCCGCCUUCCUCCGCAAAUAUGCGGGCACAGGACCCAAAUUCGGCUUCGUCUAUAUCACCUUCUUUAUACCCUCAGGAUGAGGACGACGCUCUUUCCCGCUUCUUCGUUGUUGAUAGUUUUAACAUUCACCGGCUGGUCAUCGCUGGCGUGACCUGUGCCAGUAAAUUCUUUUCCGAUGUGUUCUAUACAAAUUCCCGAUACGCAAAGGUUGGGGGACUUCCGCUGGUCGAACUCAAUCACCUUGAACUUCAAUUUUUACUGCUGAACGAUUUUCGUCUAUCAAUCACUGUCGAAGAGCUCGAGGCCUAUGGAACGAUGCUGGUAGAAUUUUAUGCCCGGGAGGUUGUUGCUCAACAACAACAGCAGUUACAACAUACAUCAAUUCCCAGGGCGAUUCACACCACGCCUCCCGGAUCCCAAAUGGACGGCGUAUACAUGCGCCCCCAUGAUAAGCCCCAGAAUGACCAUGACGAAAUUCGCCAGACUCCUACGCCGCCAUAG